AUGCCAGGUGCUUUACAAAUAGGACCUCAUUUGAUUGAGGAGGGGCAGCCAGACCCCUUAAGGAGGUGUUCUGCCACCAUCUCCCCCUCUGAAGCUUGGCCUCUUCUUCCCUACCUCCCACAGGCCCUGAGAGCAUCCCUAGAGAUGAAGUGUAAAUGUCACGGGGUCUCUGGCUCUUGCUCUAUCAAGACUUGCUGGAAGGGGCUACAGGAGCUUCGAGAUGUGGCCCAGGACCUCAAGACCAAAUACCUGUCAGCCACCAAGGUGAUGUAUCGACCCAUGGGCAACCGCAAACACCUGGUGCCCAAGGACCUGGACAUUCGGCCCGUCCAGGACACCGAGCUGAUCUACCUGCAGAGCUCUCCCGACUUCUGCAUGAAGAACGAGAAGGUGGGCUCACACGGGACACAGGACAGACAGUGCAAUAAGACGUCCAACGGCAGCGACAGCUGCGACCUCAUGUGCUGCGGCCGGGGCUAUAACCCGUACAUGGACAAAGUGGUGGAACGAUGUCACUGCAAAUAUCACUGGUGCUGCUACGUAACCUGCAAGAAAUGUGAGCGGAUCGUGGAGCGGUACGUCUGCAAAUGAAGCCAGCAGCUGCCCGCCUGCCCCCUGGGCCCUGGCCUCCGCCGUGGCGUUCUCGGGGACGGAGAGGUCCCAAGGAGCGGAGCCUGCCUUCCCACGUUCCUUCUUCCUUCCUCCCUCCCACAUCCUGCCCAGGGGCCAGACUGCCGAGGAAUUAAACAACGGAAUCGGCAGGUGGGAUGAGGGGGAGAUAAUAUCCAAAAGAAGAGGACCCGGACCUAAUGAGAAGGAAAGCCAAACAGACUCUUGUCCAUUAUUUUUUAUUAUUGUCCUCAAUGGUGCCUCCCACCUUUUCUUGUUCCUUUUGUGCCUUGAGGACAACACCUGGGAUUGGAAGGUUGGAACCAGCUCUCAGAGCCUUCUAAGUCGCAUUUGCCUACAUGGUAGGAAACAGAGGCGGGGAGAAAAUAGAGACUCUCCAAAGCCCUGGGGUCGGGGUGUCCACUUCAUCUGUCACUUACCUUCUGGAGGUGAGGACCUGGGAGGAGAACUAAGAGGAAUGGAUGGGGAGGAGGAAACGCAGACUCUAAAUAAUCCUAGAAUUGGAAUAUCUUGCCCCUCCCCGUAUCCUCCUUGAGAGGAAGAUGCGGAUGGUCAGUGUCGGGCCAGAGAGAAAACCUAAGGACAAAGCAAUGGAGGACCCUGCAAAAUGCCAGCUUUCUGGAGGAAGCCCAACCUUUUUUUCACGGGUUGUAUUUGCAGAAGAUGAAACGGAAGUUAUCCAAACAAGAACCCUCCCCCCUCUCCAUCCCUGGAGUUAAGAACAACAGAGGCUGGAAGACUCGGCUUGGGCAUGGGGUGGGGAAGGGAGAAGGCAGGGCACAGGGGGUGCUCCCUGAUUCCAGAAUCCCUUUCUUCUGCCCCAAACAGAGACUCCAUCCAAAGCCAACAAAUCAGCUCUUGUCCAGGCCAUGGAGCAAAUGGACCCACUCACGGGGGAUACACCUUCUCCCCCGCUCUGAAAUGCGGAACAUACAGAAAUAUUUAUAAACCUAUAGCCCAUGCUGUGGAUUGUUUUCCCUCUAUUCCUCCUUACAUAUAAAUAUAUAAAUAUAUGAAUAUAUGAUCUAUAUAUUUUAAACAGCGGUAUGAAAUAAAUGCUGUGGUGGUAUUCUAAAGCC